ACUUUAUUCAGUUGACAGCAAGUAGGAGGGCUCUAUGGCAGGGGAAAAAAAGACAACACCAGAAAAAUUAGUAUUUUCUACCUUCGGAAAUUAAUGGCCAUGAGUUCGUAUAUGGUGAACUCUAAGUAUGUGGAUCCCAAAUUUCCUCCUUGCGAGGAAUAUUUGCAGAAUAGCUACCUAGGCGAGCAGGGGGGCGAGUACUACAGUGCCUCGCAGGGCUCUGAUUUCCAGCACCAGGGACUCUACCCACGGUCAAACUACAGCGAGCAGCCCUUUAGCUGUAGCAAUGCCCAAGGCUCUGCCGUGCAGCCGCGGGGUCAUGGACAGGAGCAAUCCGGCCCAGCGAGCCACUUCCCCGGCCAAGCAGAGCAUUGUCCACCGCCUCCACUGCCCAACUCGCGAGCCUGCAGCCAGCAGCCGGCCCUCAAACCCCCAAACGGGUCAGCAGUUAAGCAGCCAGCAGUAGUUUAUCCCUGGAUGAAGAAAGUCCAUGUUAACUCGGUGAAUCCCAAUUACAACGGAGGGGAACCUAAACGCUCCCGCACAGCUUACACCAGACAGCAAGUCCUAGAACUGGAAAAAGAAUUUCAUUUUAACAGGUACCUGACCAGGCGCCGCCGUAUCGAGAUAGCCCACACUUUGUGUCUCUCUGAGCGCCAGAUCAAGAUCUGGUUUCAGAACAGAAGAAUGAAGUGGAAAAAAGAUCACAAACUGCCCAACACGAAGGGCAGGUCUUCUUCCUCUGGUUCAAACCCCCAUUUACAGACUGGUUCCAAGGACCAUCAGACUGACUUGACAACUUUGUAGAAGAGGUGAAAUUUUCCAUUUCAUCCUUCGCUUCUGACCAGUACUGUACAUAACUGACACUGCCCAAGCAGAACCUGCAUGUAGCAGCUAAGGACUCGAGAAACUGUCAUCUUUCUUUAAGGUACUGUUGUACAAAGGAGACAAAAUGACGCUACUUUGGACUUUAUUUUAUUUGCCUCUGCUAGCACAACCUAAAAAAAAAGGAGAAAAAAAAAAGGGGAGGGGGGCGAGAAAAAACAAAAAAAGAAAGAAACAUCAUGCAGGCAGUGGGAAUUGGGAAAAUAUUAAACGAGACCUUCUGUCCAUAAAAAGUAAUAAAUCAUUGAAAAUGAAACUGUCCUGUGUUUCAGUUUUGAAUUCGAAAGUGAAGGUUUGAUGCUUUAUUCUGGGAUUUUUACUUUUAAUUGUCUUUUUAUCCCAUGCAAUUUCGGGAGGAUGCAUUUGGGCAAGUUGAGGACAGGAAAUUUAUAGCAUAGUCUUUUAUUUGAGCAUAAAGACUAGUAAUUGUGAACUUUUGGUGCUGCUUUACCUUUCUUGGUGUAAUGAAAAUACUUGCUCAUUUCCAUAACGUCUCCGAAGGUGUGCAUAAGAAUUAAGUGAAAACGGGUUAUUUUAUGUACUGAGAGUGUUAGUGUAUUUAUUUAUUUGUUAUGUAGAAGAGUG